CAAAAAUACAUCGCAAAAUCGGGCGUUGCGAUACUCUUGCAGGAUAUCACCAAAAUUAGAAGAUGAACUUCCUUUACAAAACAGCAACACUCCUUUCUUAAGCAAGUUACCCAGGAGGUACUGGAUUGUCCGGACGUAUCUAAGGUCCCACCCAGUCAGAGAAUUAAAAAUGUUUUCGCAACUAUCUGGGAUCGUUGAACCUUGAGGAAAACACCAGCACCAACUUCAUGUGCACAAUUUCCGCCCAAGCUCAAUUUUCAAACGUCUACAGAAAUGUAUUCAAAAAAGAAAUCCAAGACAUCUACAAUUAUUCUCUCUAAGCCUCCACUAAGAUUUAGCUCUGCAACUGCCCUCCAAAUGGAAAAAUAGAGCAAAGCAUUAUACAUAGCAGAGAUUCAAGAAACCUGGAGAUAUGCUUCACUCAGAAAGUCGGAUGCCGACCUGGUGGAGUCUACUGCCGAAUAAACUUGGGCAUUAACAACCAGGUGAGACGAGUACGAGUAGGGGCGGAAAUGGACACAAGGAGACCUCAUAAAUCUCAUUCAGCAGGCAUCCCUGUAAAUUCCUGGCAAAGAGACUAUGCGCGAGUGAGGCCAACUGGUUGCGGAUGAAGGUGAAAGUAGGAGUGGGGGUUUGGUAAAUAUGCGAAAUAGGUCUUCGUGCAUCACCAGUAAGAUCCGGCAAACCUCUCCAUCGCAGUGCAUCGUAACCCUACACUUUUACACCUUCCGUUCAAGUCUAGCUCACCGAACAAGACUGUUUCAGACGGAAUUUGUCUCCGCCUUCCCAUUGCUCAUCACCAAUUUAUGGUUUAGCGACUGGCAACAUUUCUGAAAGAGCUUUGAGCAAAAUCUCUUUAAUGUUCUUUCUAAAACGAGUGUUGUUUAAAAAUGACGCAAAGUGGGAAACACCCAAGUUGCAGGUGCUCAAUCAGUUUUAUUGCUCUCUUUUUCUGAGUAAAGAAGCGUAUCCAACUCCUACUGAAUGAACGGCGCAGCUCCUUAUGGUUUUUAGAUUAUUGAAGGCCCAGAAUGAUGCUUUAAGGAUUGAUGCCAAGAACCUGCUGAUUUUUAUUCUAUUCUUCUUUAAAUUUAAAGAGCAUAGCGGGGGUAAGGGACGAAGCGGGAAAACAUCCACUGGAAUGUUUUGUUCGAUCUUGGUCAUGUUGGGAAAAAUGUGAGCUACACCACGCUGCAGUGUCGGCAUUCAAUACACAGAAGCAGUACCCAUCAGCAAUGCUCCGUUGUUUCAAUUGUUUGUAUUUAACGAGAAACAGACAAGCAUCUCAUCGUGGUCCUUAAUCGCCGGUUUUAGAGCAAGUCAGAAUAUUCUACUGCAAGUGGUUGGGACUCAACAUCCAGGUGAGGACUCAGAAUAUUCCGUAGUCCUCCAUGACGAAGCUUGAGCGAGCUCCAUCACGGUUGUUGAAGUUGUUGAUGCUCGCAUUGGUGUCCUCUGCCGUUUAUUACGUCAAACUUGCUUCAAACGCUAGAUCACGGUCGAACCGAUAUAUGAACUUGGAUGCUGAUCGCUCAACAAUGGUUAACUUUCAGCAGGAGUUUAUUCAAUGUGUUAGGGAGAAAGGGAUGGGAAUGGAUGUCCGCCCUGUUACCGAGUGCAAGGUGAAAUUAUUGUUCACUGAUCCUUCCGCAGCAAUUUGGAAAGAGCCAGCAUCUGGAGAAUUGGAGGGUAUUGUCUACGAAUUUGACCUUUGCAGCCUGAUAGGUCUGUGGGAAAAGGCACGACGCAGGAUCUUUCGCCCUCGCAGCAUCUUUUUCUGUCAAACUACUCGCUUUUGCAUCUCAUGUGCUGCAACUUGUUAGUAUUGACCUGAAUUCAAAUAUUUGAGUAAGACGAUUCGAGUGCAAAAUGCUCGUUACUCAUGUUAAAUCAUAUUACUCCUCAGGCACAUGCUGAAAAUAUUUGUCUCGUAUCAUACAUUAUGUUGACUGAAGUUCGCACAUUCCGAAAUUUGUGAUUGGUUUUUGCUACAGCUGUGAGCCAUUGCGCUUUCUUCUAUCUUUGAAAAAGUCUGAUAGAGCUUGUGAUGAGUCCACCACCUUAAUCCCUCGUGCCAGGUGCGAAACAGCAUCACAAUACUUACCAGAGAAUAUAUCGACGGACUCCCAAAUGGUUGGCGAGAUUAUGCUUGGAAGCGCAUCAAUAAAGGCUACAGAAGCAUGUGCUCCAACAUCACAUUGUGCAACGAGAAGCUGGCACCAGUAAUUCCUUCCACACCUCCCUUCAUCCCCCGUCAAUACGGUCGAUGUGCAGUGGUGGGAAACUCAAAUGACCUACUCCAGGAUCUUUUUGGGGCUGAGAUCGAUGAAUUUGACGCUGUCAUACGAAUGAAUGGUGCCCCUGUUGAGAACUACACUCACUACGUGGGAGAGAAGACCACAUUUCGAAUUCUAAAUCGUGGAUCUGCUAAAGCUCUUGACAAAAUUGUAGCAUUGUCGGCGUCUGCGCAGGAAACCAUUAUCGUGAAGACAACUAUCCACGACUUCAUGAGCCGAAUGAUACGGGAGGUUCCCAUUUUGAACCCAGUAUACCUAAUGGUUGGUGCACCCUUGGGAAAAUCAGCAAAAGGAACAGGAGUUAAGGCAAUAGAGUUUGCACUGUCAGUAUGCGAGAUGGUGGACAUUUAUGGAUUCACUGUCGAUCCUGGUUACCUCGAAUGGACCAGAUAUUUCUCAGAAUCAAGAAGAGGGCAUGCGCCGCUCCAAGGAAGAGCCUACUAUCAAACUAUGGAGUGUCUUGGGUUUAUCAGGAUUCAUUCACCCCAACGGAAAUUCUCUACGAACAAGCAACGUGUGAACUUGAACAGCAGCAUUUGGAACGCCGCGGCCCACCUGGAUUUGUCUCUCAACAGGAGAGCGCAUCGUAGUAAUCUAUUGGACGCAUGUAAGCUUUGGGCGCAAGGAGCAACUUUGACGCUAAAUAUGAGCACUUCAGCAAUGGAUCAUCAAAAAGCAGUAAGUGGUAUUCGACAGUACGCACUUGAUCAAGAAUCAGGGAGCGGAAUGUUGUGCAUCAAGCCUGAGUAAAUAAAUUGAAUAUCGAUCGCCUGUGACAUGAAGUCACCUGGUGCACAGUAAAUUUUCUUUCACGCAUAUAAAAUUGCAUUACAUAGAGAGGUUUAAUACCAAAAAGCUGUGAAUUUUUAGCAGCCACAAUUUCCUGUGCUUUCUUUACUAAGAAAGAAUGAAAUCUUUCAUGUCUCCAAAUUGUAUGCGCAGUUAGAUGUUCAGUACUCGAUGUCGACAUAUAUAAUUCAAUCAAUGAAUAUAA